AUGCAAUACCUUACUCUCAUCCCCCUUCUUCUCGCUCCCCUGGCGUCAGCGGCCCCUGCCGCGGCUGGCGACGUUCGCAUCUACGAUUCCCGAGACUAUCGCGGGCAGCAACGCCAGAUCCCUGUCAGCGGCGUCUGCGUCAACUUGUCCCCUCCAUUCUCCACCUCGGGCCGAGGCAUUCAAUCUAUUCGAUUCGCGACGCUGGAAGGCGAAAAUUGCGAGAUUCACCACGCAUACAACUGCAAAAACGAGCCCUCUGUCGUGGUUUUCGAGAGCCAGCCGCGCACUCGCAUCAUCGCCGGCUCCAUCCGAUGCUCGAAGAACACCGUCGAUGGUUAG